UAUUAGGACCAGCUUCUUGACAUUCACCAUAUUCCGUUGGUAAGAAAAUCAGCCACCAAAUUGUCGUUUUCCUCCAUGAAUCACAAUCCAUUUUGCUCGAUCAAUUCUAAUUUUUACGACGAAUCGUUUCGAUCAACUGCCCCAACUACUCUAAAUGGCGAAAAUGUGGUUUUGUCCCAAGAACAGCAGCGAAGAGUUUGCGACACAGUCAACACCUCUAUAGUCGGAUUCUCGGGAAAUCAACCAAUGCUGUGCGCUCAAAAGCAGCUGGUUCCUGGCGGCGUUUUGUUCACAUUUCCCGCAAGUGCAAAUGCCGCUCAGGGACCAUAUUUCAGAUGUUCAAUGUACCAACCACAAGUACAGCCUCCGCCUCAAGCGGUUGUAAGCUCAUUUUUUCCCUCAUCAGUUGAGUAUUCCCAACUGAAUCCUUGUGGGUUUCAACAGCCUCAAAAGACUUUCAACUUGCAGUUUCAUCGCAAUAGUAGCACGUCAUCUUCAGAUUUGCCGACUUACUUCCCAAAAGUUCCAGCGCCAAAAGAAUUUAUCUCAUCGACUCCCAAAAGCUGCCAGCAAUGCCACACGAUGCAACAGCUCAUGUUUCCCAGUCCUCCCAUAGACUUUUCAUCCAGAGUAAAAAAACUUGUUCUUUGCAAAACUGCCGGUCCACCAACUGGCCAUGUGGUGGAUGUUUUGGACCCAAAUGCUGACGAAAAGAAAAAAGUUUCCUUUUCAGAGGGACAGGAGCAAGCAACUAAAGAAGAGGGCAUUCAAAUGACCAGCGAGUGCAUUUGCGAUACCAAGAGAUGCAAACGCCAGUCGAAAAAGAGCAAAGGCAAAGCUCGUUCUCAAAACCAGAGCGACUCCUCGUCGGUAGGGACUCCAUCUACUGGCCAGAGCUCUGAGGAGGAAACAAAGCCCAAAAAGAAGCGCCGGAAGAACCGCAAGAAAAAAGGGGACAAAGAAGAACAAUCAUCGCAAGAUGAACUUGCUCAAUCUAAACGAACAAAGAGCAAACACAAGUUGAAAAAAGGAUUAUCUAAUGAAUUGGGCAGCGGUUUAAGCAGUGAAGAGUUAUCGGUUAUGACGAGCUCUUCCAACACAUCCACUGGAUCGGACGAUUGCCAGUGUCUGUAAAUGCAAAUAUUUUGUAAAAUUAAAAGAAACAGAUCAGAA